AAAAAAAAAAAGAGAGCAUAAUAAUCACAUGUAAUGUAUCUUAUUUUUUUUUUUUCCUUUUUCUUUAUGCCACAUUCAUUUGAAGAAACAAAUUUCAGUCGACUUACUUAUUGUGAUCACUGCCAAGGUCUAUUAUGGGGUCUUGUUAAACAAGGCCUUCAAUGUUCAGGUUGUGGUGCUGUAUGCCAUAAACAGUGUGAAAAAGCCAUGCCAGACUGCAAACAAGAAAAACUGAUAGAUAACCCAGUAAUUUAUCGCAAAGAAGAAACACCUGCUACCAAGUCUUUACGUACGCUUCAACAACAACUGGAUAUUCCAGCCAAAGAAACCGCCAACCAAUUAUCGACAGAAGCCAUUGAAAAUGUACUUGUCUCCGCUGCGAUUCAUGCUUCUUCAGAUACCAGUGUCUCUCAUGCGUAUUUGGCCAGUUUGCCACCUUUGAAUCCACAGAAUACAGCCAAAAACUUUAGUCGGUUUGUGUCUCGAUGUGGGCCUAUGUUUACAUUUCGCGAUAAAGUGAUCAUGAUCUUGAGUUGGGAUAAACCGGUAGAUACAUGGAUUGCUUUACUGAUCUAUUGUUUUGUCUGUUUACAUCCUACCUUGAUUGUCUUUCUACCUCAUGUCGUGCUCUGUUAUAUGAUUCUUGUAGGCUAUCAAACCAGACAUAUCAACACUAAACAAAGCGUACCUACACCAUCUCCGUCCUCUCAACCCAACAGCACCAAACGCAAUCAUUUUGCAGCCACUUUCUUCCCUACUGCAUUUGAUGAAACUUCGCCUGAAUAUCUAAAGAACAUGCAAAACUUACAGAACAUGAUGGGCCAAUUAAGUGAUGUGUAUGAUAUCUUGGCUGCUCAAAGUCAUUUCAUUGACUGGUCCAAUGAAGGAGAGACCAUGGCUGUCUUUCAAGCGGUGUGUGUGUCGUGUGUGCCUAUCAGUUUGGUUGUCUGGUGCGUACCUCUGAAUCUGUUGUGCUUAGUGGCUGGUGUGAGUGUGUUUAUGCUCAACACACGCUUUGCUAAAUUUGUCAUGAAAGAAUUGAUGCCUCAGUUACAGCAUAUGGCUCAAGAUCAAAUCAGUUGGGUCUCAAGGUGGUAUCAUCAAAUACAAGACAGACUGGAUGAACAGGAACAUAUAAAAGAAAUGUCAUUGUAUGAAAACCAACGUUGGUGGUCUGGUAGUGGGUUUAUUCCCCAUAUGUUGCCUGAUGAGCGUGGUUUAUGGUCAGAUAUGUCUGGGGAAAUAGACUAUGUGCCUAAAGAGGAACUACCAGCACCUGAAGGGUAUCAAUGGAUACAGGACAAUUGGACAUUGGAUGAAACAGGACCUUGGAUGGAUGAUAUGUUGGGCAUUGAAGUCAUUGUCUCCCCUGAAAAUGGUGGUUGGGUCUAUACAGACAAUGAAUGGAAACCAACUAAACAAGAACAUGUCACAAGAAGAAGAAGAUGGGUUCGUAAAUGUGAAAAGAUAAAAUAAAUGAGC